AUGUCUGUGCUGCUCGAAACUAGUCUAGGCGAUAUAGUAAUUGAUCUGGACGUAAAGAGAGCUCCCAAAGCAUGUCUGAAUUUCGUGAAAUUGUGCAAGAGCAAAUAUUACAAUUUCAGUCUCUUCCAUUCAGUGCAGAAGGGAUUUCUAGCUCAGGCUGGUGAUCCAACUGCUACUGGAAAAGGAGGUGAAUCUGUAUGGGGGGUGAUUGAUGGUCCUGCAAAACGAUAUUUCGCUCCAGAAAUACAUCCAAAACUCAAGCAUAAGAACCGUGGUACGGUUUCUAUUGCUACGGCUGCAACAGAGUCUGGUUUGCCUGUCGCGGGUUCACAGUUCUUUAUAACGCUAUCGAAUGAACCACUGGACUAUCUGGAUGGUAAACAUGCUGUAUUUGGAUCUGUUGCUGAAGGAUUUGACGUGCUGGACAAGCUGGAUGAAGCCUUGGUUGAUGAUCAGAAUCGCCCAUUUCGUGACAUACGGAUAAAGCAUACAAUCAUUCUUGAAGAUCCAUUUGAUGAUCCAUCUGGCCUCAAUGUACCUGAAAAGUCGCCCGAACCUAGUGAAGCCAUAUUGAAAUCAACACGUAUCGCUGAGGACGAAGAACUCUUCCCAGAUAUCGAUCCUGAAGAGCUAGAAAAGGAUAGGAGAAGGAAGGAAGCCGCAGCAAGAACUCUUACCUUGGAAAUGGUGGGAGAUUUACCAUUUGCUGAAGUCAAGCCACCAGAAAACGUCUUGUUUGUGUGUAAAUUAAAUCCUGUUACUCGUGAUGAAGACUUGGAAACGAUCUUUUCUAGGUUUGGUCCAAUUGUCAGUUGUGAAAUCAUACGAGAUAAAAAGACUGGCGAGUCACUUUGUUAUGCCUUUGUCGAGUUUGAAGAAAAACCAAAUUGUGAAGAGGCCUACUUUAAAAUGGACAAUGUGCUGAUUGAUGACCGACGUAUUCACGUCGACUUUUCACAAAGUGUUUCCAAGCUCCAUGCUGACUUCAUGUUGGGCAAACGACGUGGACUGGAAGAUGGAGAAGGCAAUGCUGGAUUGGAACGCAAACGCCAAUAUCGAGACCAGCAACACAAGGACAAUUACGAUCUUGUGUUUGAACACGAUGGCGAGCUUGCCGAAGAGAAAUCACGCAAGUCUAGGAAGCUUGAAGGGCGCACUGUUGAGAGUUCACGAGGAGAUAGAAAAGAAUAUCGUGAUGAUGGACGUCGCGUACAGUCGAUAGAUUCGAGAGACAAGGGAUCUAGCUCUGAACGGUAUGAUGAUAGAAGACGCAAUGACACACGGCGAAGUGAUCGUGAUGAUGACAGGCGUCGAGAUGAUCGUGAUGAUAGGAGGCGAGAUAAUGAGCUAAAGGACCUAUUUGAUCCCAAAUCACUUGAUCAUCUGACUAGAAUAGGAGGCUUACAAGGCCUCGUUGAUGGUCUAAAAACAGACGUGAAUAAAGGUCUAUGCAAUGUACCAGACUCGCUUUUCUCAUCCACAGCCGUGUCGCCGGCACAACAAACAGACAACCAUCCUAAAUCGGAUACGAAUGAACCGACUGCUUCGACCGCAUCGCGUAGACCAUUGAAGCGCUUGACCUCACAGUCUUCCUUUGCAUUGGGAACUGUCGAAUCCACUCCUCUAGUUUCUGACAACAAAAUGGGUCGGCAGCAAACCUCGAAUGGGGAUGCUAGUCACCAAGUCGUGGCUAUAGAGGACAUCAAUGAGAUACAUGCCGCUCGGAUAUCUGUGUACGGUACUAAUGUACUGCCUGCUGUCAAGAGCAAGAGCAUUUUGGAGCUGAUGUGGUUGGCACUGCAUGACAAGACUUUGAUACUGCUUUCAUGUGCUGCUUUGGUGUCAUUGGCUGUAGGACUAUACGAAGACUUUAAACCUCCAACCUCUACCGCUCCAGAAGACAAUCAGAAGAUACAUUGGAUUGAGGGAUUCAGUAUCUUAAUGGCUGUCAUGAUUGUUGUCCUAGCAUCAUCUAUCAAUGAUUACCAAAAAGAAAAACAAUUCCAGGCCUUAAAUGCCAAAAAGGAAGAUCGACAAGUCAAAGUCAUUCGUGAUGGUUCUACUCAGCUACUGUCUGUAUAUCAAGUACUAGUAGGUGAUGUCUUGGAACUACAGCCAGGAGAUGUCAUUGCUGCUGAUGGUGUUUUGAUAAAUGGCAUGAAUCUCAAGUGUGACGAAUCAGCAGCAACUGGUGAAUCAGACACUAUCAAAAAGACGCAUGAACGUGAUCCCUUCUUGUUGAGUGGUAGUAAAGUAACAGAAGGUGUUGGUAAAUACGUAGUUGCGGCAGUUGGUGUCCACUCCUUUAACGGGAAGACCAUGAUGGCAUUGCGUCAGCCUUCUCAAGUAACACCUCUGCAAGUAAAACUCGACAAGCUGGCAGAGAACAUUGCAAAGAUCGGAGCUUCGAUCGGUAUUGCCCUUUUCUUGGCUCUCAUACUCAAAUACGUAGUUAGCGUCUUGAACGGUCCAGGAUUUGGAAACGACGCUGCUCAAGAGUCUGGUGCUGAAAUCAUUGCUAGGUUGACCAAUAUUUUGAUUUCGGCAAUCACGCUAGUAGUAGUUGCCGUGCCAGAAGGAUUGCCAUUAGCUGUAACUCUUGCCUUGGCCUAUGCUACUACGCGUAUGCUCAAAGACAACAAUUUGGUACGAGUGUUGGCAGCUUGUGAAACCAUGGGCAAUGCCACCACUAUCUGCUCCGACAAGACUGGAACAUUAACUCAAAAUAAGAUGAAGGUCGUCCAAGGAACCGUAGGGAAAUAUAUUCAUUUCGAGUCUGAAGAAGAUGUCUCGAAACUUCCAGCACGACUACGUAAUAUCAAAAGUGCAGCUUCAAACGAAGCAAGACAAGCUGGUAGUCCACUUGAUGGUGCUCAAUUACUAGAUCUUCUAGUAGAGGGCAACGCACUCAAUUCCUCUGCCUUUGAAGAAUUGAACAAGACUACAGGGGAAGUAGAAGUCAUUGGAUCCAAAACCGAAGUAGCAUUGCUAGGAUGGAUUGGUGCUAUGGGUUAUCCCUUCUCCGAACGUAGAGUGCAAAAGGAUACCACUGUAGUCCAAGUCUAUCCCUUCUCAUCAGAACGUAAAUCCAUGUCUACGCUCGUCAAAGUAUCUGCACCUGGUGCUCCCACGUUAUAUCGAAUGCAUGUGAAAGGGGCGUCCGAGAUAGUAUUAGGUUAUUGUAACAAGGUGGUCGCUUUACCGCCCGAUAGACAGCUUAAAGACCGAAGACGGCAGAUUCCCGAAACUCCGUGUAUUGCAAAUCUUGAUAGUCGAGGCUUACGAGAGCUUAAUGAUUUAAUUGGGUCGUACGCAGAGCAAUCUCUUCGAACAAUAUGUCUGGCAUAUCGAGAAUGGUCUAAAGAAGCAAUCACCAUUUGGCUUGCUGGUCCAAUUAGAGAUAAAGUUAGAGCAGCGAGGAAGGCAGAGGCCGAGGAAGAGAAACGACGUAAAGCCAGUGAGCAGAUGGGAGAAUUGAUACUCGACGAACGUAGCGACGAAAUCCGUCGUACUGAUACUCUUGAUACGAAUGCAAGCUCAGAGUCUCCAACUACUCCGACCAUGGGUGACGAACUAACUGACUCGGAUAUACUGAUGCAUCCCAUUGCACUGGCUGAACUCGCAGGUCAAGAUCUGACUUGCGCUGCUAUUGUCGGUAUAGAAGAUCCACUUCGUCCAGGAGUUGCAUCUGCUGUUCUAGCAUGUCAGCGUGCUGGUGUAGUAGUCCGUAUGGUUACUGGCGAUAACGUCUUGACUGCUCGAGCCAUUGCCGCCAAGUGUGGUAUCUUGACUCGAACUGGCAAAGUCAUGGAAGGAUCGGCCUUUAGAAAACUCUCUGAAGCUGAAAUGGAUGCUAUAAUACCAACUUUAUGUGUCUUGGCUAGAUCAUCUCCUACUGAUAAACAGACCCUAGUAGCACGCCUUAAAGCUCGAGGUGAUGUAGUUGCUGUAACUGGUGAUGGUACAAACGAUGGUCCAGCACUUAAAAUGGCUGAUGUUGGUUUCUCUAUGGGUAUUGCUGGAACUGAAGUAGCUAAAGAGGCUAGUUCCAUCAUUCUUAUGGAUGAUAACUUUGAGUCAAUUGUAAAGGCUAUCAUGUGGGGUCGUGCUGUCAAUGAUUCUGUCAAAAAGUUUUUGCAGUUUCAAUUGACUGUCAAUAUAACGGCGGUAGUGCUGGCUGUAGUCAGUAGUUUGGCUGAUUCAACCGAGUCUUCAGCAUUAACGGCAGUCCAAUUGCUUUGGGUCAAUUUGAUUAUGGACACCUUGGCAGCGUUGGCUCUAGCUACUGAAAGCCCUACUCAAGCUAUUCUAGAACGUCCUCCAGAAGGUCGUAACUCGCCUCUCAUCAACACUCAAAUGUGGAAAAUGAUUCUGGGCCAGGCCGUCUUCCAAAUUGUUAUUGGAUUGAGCAUCCUCUUUGCUGGUGCUCAUAUCUUCCGCUUGCCAGAUUUGGCUGCUGCUGGUGGUAUCCUUGUUGUAGAUGUGAACAGUCCUCAAGCCGCCCAGGACCAAAAAGUAGUACUUCGAACCAUCUUUUUCAACGUUUUUGUGCUUUUGCAGUUAUUCAACCAAAUCAAUGCCCGUCGUAUUGAUAAAAACAUUAACGUGUUUGAAGGCAUAUUCAGCAAUCCCUACUUUUACUGCAUUUGGAUAUUCAUCGCCGUAUUCCAAGUCAUAAUAGUACAGUUUGGCACAUUCGUCUUUAACGUUACAGGGCUCAAUGGACCUUAUUGGGCAUCGUGUAUUCUGGUCGGUCUGCUGUCAUUGCCGGUAGGGCUUGUAUUGAGACUCCUUCCCGAUGAGAUAUUACCAUGGGUGUGGUGGCGAGGCUCUCAUCAGACGCUGCCUAUCGCAAACGAACCUCGGGCAGUGUCUGUUGGUGGCAGAACUUCGGUAUCUAUACACUCCGACGUUAGUAGUCCGCGGGCGGUGCUUCAUGGAAAGAGUGCAAGCACUUUCUCGAGUGGAGUUGGUGAUCUUGAUAGUGCUGCUGCUCGUGAAAAUUGGCAACAGACUCUGGAAAAGGUUCCCGAACUUAAAAUCUUUACGUCGAUACGUGGCAGUGGUCGUAUUUAUUCGGAACGAGCUCCAGCAUCUCGAGAUGGACGGCCGCCGAGUCUCAGCACCAUGGACGGAACAACCACCAACACUGCCAAAAGACCUGCAUCUUCAUACAAGCUGAGUAAACGUGCAGCGACCAUGCCACCGGUCCGUACUGGAGGAUCUAGUGCUGUCCUGGCUGGUAUUGGUAUAGAAUUAGCAGGAACAGGCUUCCGUCCCUCAGGAAAUAACAAGAGUGCUGCGCAACCAGCGUCGCAACGUGGUAGUACUGGUGGCUCCUCUUCUCGCCUCGUAUCACCAAAAUCGCCUGUGAAAGUAGCAACAAAACAAGUAGAUGAAGAGGAAGGUGAUGUGAGUGUUGGGAGUAGUGAUGAACAAUUAGCAAAGGGGAAAGGAUUUACUAAGCCCCAGUAA